GGGGGCCUGCUGAGUUUGUGGAGCGCCACAUUAAAGAUAUUCAUAUGACUCCAAACGCGUUAGAUAACCUUCCAAAACUCUUCCAAGGCAUGGUUGGACCUCCGGCACCCACCGAACCCGAAUAGACCAGAAUAGACUAGAUUUGUGGAGGACUGCACUAGAGAUAAAUGAGAUUAUUGGAUUGACUUGACAGAUUAUAGCUCGGCCAGUUCCUCAAGGCUUCAUGAGAAAACCACAUCAGUCCGAUCAUAUUUGAUCCUCGUUCGGAAAUUUAAAGCUAUGCUGACCAGCUUUAUGGAAGGUUUUCUCUGCUGCCUUACCUCAAAGUCAACAAACGUCGUGGUUCCUGCAGAGUCCUCCGAACCUGCCGACGGUCAUGAGUUUGUGGAGGUGAAACCAGGCCGGGUCAUCCGUGUUCGACAUGCCAUUCCCGAGCGGUCUGUGGUGGAUCAACCGUUGGGUCAGGGCGGGUGUGUCAGUUGCAAAAGAAGGAUCUCAGUCUACUGCAAUGGACAGCUGUUCAUCGAUAACCUGGGCGACAAGGCAGGGGCGGAGUUGAAGACGUGCCAGAAUGGAGAGACAGAACCAAACAGCACGGUGGAGCUUGAACUGACAGACUGUGGCAAAUCGUCACCGCUCGUUAACGCCACUGACGCCCGGCCGGACUCGAUCAGGACGGGUAAAGUUUUGACUUCUGAGACGGGAUCAGGAGACGCACCCGUCGUUUUUCAGGCCGAAGCGUCGCAGAACCGAUGCAGGCGGAAACCGAAGCGUACCGUGGUGAUCGACUGUGAGAGGAAAAUAUCAGCAUGUAAAGAAACGCAUGCGGACGUCGCUUUGUUCUUCAUUCAUGGCGUUGGAGGCUCUCUGGACAUCUGGAGGAGCCAGCUGGACUUCUUUUCUCGACUGGGCUACGAGGUGAUCGCCCCGGAUCUUGCAGGUCACGGGUGCAGCUCAGCACCUCUUAUACCUGCAGCCUACACAUUUUAUGCUCUGGCAGAGGACAUACGACUUAUCUUCAAGAGAUAUGCACGCAAGAGGAAUAUUCUCAUUGGACAUUCUUACGGUGUGUCGUUUUGUACCUUCCUGGCCCACGAGUACCCAGAACAGAUCCACAAGAUGGUGAUGAUUAACGGAGGUGGUCCCACAGCCCUAGAGCCCAGCCUGUGCUCCGUGUUCAACUUGCCUACCUGUGUCCUCCAUUGCCUCUCUCCACUGCUCACCUGGAGUUUUCUCAAGGCAGGUUUUGCUCGCCAGGGCGCAAAGGAGAAGCGGCUGCUGAAAGAAAACAACGCCUUCAACGUGUCCGCUUUCGUGCUGCGUGCCAUGAUGAGUGGGCAGUACUGGCCAGAGGGAGAUGAGGUGUACCAUGCUGAGCUCACUGUGCCCGUCCUGCUGGUUCAUGGAAUGCAUGACAAAUUUGUCCCCGUUGAAGAGGAUCAAAGAAUGGCAGAGAUCCUCCUCAUCGCUUUCCUGAAGGUCUUGGCGGACGGCAGUCACAUGGUCAUGAUGGAAUGUCCAGAGGCAGUCAACACGCUCCUGCAUGAGUUCUUCCUCUGGGAACCUGCAGCCCCGCUACCGUCACAGUCCAAAACCCGCCCUGAGACCGCCAAAGCCCAAACAGACAACACCAAGGCUGCAGCAGACCUUGCCAACAAGGUGCGACCUUCUACUGCCCGGCAGGCUCCAUCAAACAGUGCGGCAGACGGCAGGUCAGACAAAAGGGACAAAAAAUGAGGGAAGAUUUCAAAAGUGGGAUGAAUUCAAGUGGUUUCAUUUUGGAGCCCCGUGGGCUGAAAAUAUCCAGGAGCUGACGGUCCUUGAAGGUGGGACUAGGACACAUGUCAAAUCAGACACGAUUUGAGAAGGAAAAGGUACUUCAGUCAUGUGACCAAUCAAGAAGCUGCAGGAAAUUUGGUGGUGGCUUUAGGUGACGAUGCAUCACCUGGGCAAAGCUUCCAUUCCAUUCUGCAGAACUGCAAUAUGUCUGUGGAGGUGGAGGGUUUAAAACUAACACUUUCUUCUGUCCCUUCUUUUUGUUGAUGUUUUUUCAAUGUCACAAAACGGGGAUGCCUGCCCAAUUGCGACACACGGUGCGCGUUGAGAGGAGCGAUACAGGCUUUCAUUUCCAAGUUUCUACUUCUAUCGCUUGUCGCAAUUUUGUUUUGUUUAUUUAAAUCCAGAAUGGUGAUUCUCAACUGGUGGGAUCGCGGGUCUUUGUGACAUUCGUGAAAUAUUCAAGUCUUUUGAGCGCCACUUUUAAGUGAACAAAUAAACAAUCGUCUUCCGUUGUUUUUUUUUACAGUAUAAAAUAACAAGACUGGUUUCCUGCCCCAUUCACUUCCACACAUAACAUGUAUUGUGACAGAAAAGUGAAAAAAAAAAAAAAUACAAAUACAAAUAAUAAAUAGACUGCCAGGUUCAAACACUGAUGACAUCUAUUAAACGAGACAAGAAGCAAGGAAUUAUACAGAAACAGAAUUAAAUGUGGCUCAAUUUGAGGAGAAACGUCUGGGCUGUACUCUUGUACAGUCUCCAGCAUGCUCUGGCGAAAGAUUGUACACCACCUCUUUUUUUUUGGCUUUCGCCGUUUACAUAACAGCUGUUUCUAAAGGAAUGGGGGUAUGUAAACAGCCAUUGUUUUCAGUCAAAAGAAAAAGAUGCCUCGGGCUUGGACUGGUCCUGGAUCGAGCUUGGGCAGGUCUCAGAUCAAAAUAAAAAAACCCUCCCGUCUCCUCCCCAUCGUACACAGCGGAAUUUUCAAGCCUUUGGAUUGAUGCAACAAAGACAGCUUUCGUCUGUUCACUGGGAACUCAGAGAACGGAAAGUUUUCUUGAUAAUUUACAUACAAUUUUUCUGACAUAAACAACUGACAAGAAAUUUAAACACAAAUAAUAAACAAAAUCAAUAGUCAUUCAUUUUGUUUGAGAGCCAUUCUUACUUGCAUAUCACAGUAAUUUAAAAUAUGGCACGAACAGAAUUUUAAUUAAGAAAAAGAUACCAAUUUAUAUAAUGGAAAGUUCUUGCAGGUAUUUUUUUGAUUAGAGCAUAAAUAUUUACAAUAUUGAACUUUGUGCCAUUUUUUUUAAUUAUAUGAGUGACUAAAUUGGUUUUGUCAUGAACUGCGAUCUACAAUUAAAAAAAAAAAGGAAACUUAGGCUGUCAAAAUGAUUAAAAUAUUUCAUCACAAUGAAUCACAUUUUUCCAUAGUGAACUCAUAAUAAAUUAUGAUUAAUUUGAUUUACGAAAAUAUUUGUUGCUUUUUUAGCCAGGCAGACUGACGAAAGACGUUUUGCACCUGGGAUCUUAUCCAGACCUUUAGUGCUUUUUCUUUCUAUGAUUAUGAGAUAAAUAUAUACUUCAAAUAAUAUUUUUUUAUGAAGUUUUCCCACUAAUUCUUACCCAGUCUCGUCAUUGUUUGUCUGACAUUCUGGGCUCUUGGAUAUUUGCAAAUCCGUCAUUUUGUGUGUUUAGGGGCGUGCUGAGUCGACAGAGGGCGCGAUAUAACCAGGAAAACGUUGUGUAGAAAAGAUCACAGUCCUGUUUUACGUUAUCGUGGGGAAAGAAAAGCAAGCCCAAAUAAGCAACCCACUAACUUUGCAAGUGACUUUGGAAAACAAGUUGUAAAUCACGCGAUAAACCAUUUGUGCAAUUAAAUGAAACUUUUCUUAAUCUGUUAUUAUUGCUCUAAGAAAUACGUUUUUGAAAUGUUCCACUCAGUGCGUAGUGAAGACCGAUGUUGGUCGCUGUUGUUGUUGUGAUGAUUGGUCACGCAGCCAAACCCAGUAGACAACCACUCACUAAAUCUAGUGACAAAGUUGCUAAAUUGCCAACCCUUCCGCACCAUCUUCUUAUGCUCUGGUGGAUUAGGUGCUUUACAAUGUGUUAAUGAGCAGCAGUGAACAGGUAGCAUCAAAUCGAUUUGUAGCAUUCCAAAUUUAUUAUUGGCGGACCGCUACACAAACCUUUGGCAUUGUGACUCAUGGUAAAACAGAUAUGGCAACAAAAUGAAGGAUGGCGACUGUGCAAACUAUAAUACUGAAAGAGUACAUGCAGCUAUUUACAGAUGAAAAGUAAAAGAAGUGGCUCAGCAAUGACUUACACAUGCCUUGAGUAAAAUGGAAUAUUUUUGUACCGCAUGUAAAAAUAUCU